UGGCCAAUGGGGAGGCAGCAUUCAGUCCAGCACUCUUAUAACUCUGUGGCACUGGAGCUGAGCGAUGCCACAACCAACUUACUGCAGCCGGGAGACUUUGUGCGGACUAUAAAAGCUCUUCAGAACAUCUCCAAGAUCGGUUUUCUCCUCUUUACGCGCUUCCCAAAAGCGACUGCAAGCAUAAAAACAAGGAUCCCCCUCGCCCCCCCCCCACCCCAGCCGGCGGGGCUUUCUUCACUCUGGAGGGGUGCUUCGACAUGAGCGCCGGACACGCGUACGAGAAGAAGAUAUCGAGCAUUCUGACCGACCUACCGGGAUCUAUGAGCUGCCACCCGAACUCCAAGGACUCUCCUACUCUCCCCGAGUCCUCGGUGACGGACAUGGGCUACUACAGCGGGCAGACGGGCCCGGGCCACCACGAGUACUACCCGGGUCAGGGGUACGGACAGCCCGUGAACUCUUACCACAACCACCACCCCCAGUUCAACCUGAACGGGAUGGGGGCCGCUGGAGCGUACGCCAAGUCCGAGUACCCGUACAGCUACAGACAAUUCGGACACUACGGCAGAGACCCCCCGCAGGCGUCCCCCCCGAGCUCAGUGAAAGAAGAGCCGGAGCCGGAGGUCCGGAUGGUGAAUGGAAAACCGAAAAAGAUCCGCAAGCCGCGGACGAUCUACUCCAGCUACCAGCUGGCCGCUCUGCAGAGGCGCUUCCAGAAGGCGCAGUACCUCGCCCUCCCCGAGAGAGCGGAGCUGGCGGCCCAGCUGGGCCUGACCCAGACACAGGUCAAAAUCUGGUUCCAGAACCGGAGGUCCAAGUUCAAGAAACUGUACAAGAACGGCGAGGUCCCCCUGGAGCACAGUCCCAACGCCAGCGACUCCAUGGCCUGCAACUCCCCGCCGUCCCCCGCAGUCUGGGACAACAGCGCCCCGCAGAACCCCGCCGUCAGCAGGCCUCAGGGCCCGCCGCCGACCCACAGCUCGUCGCCGCCAUACCUGGAGGAUUAUAACAACCACUGGUACCAGCAGGGACCGCACCUACAGCACCCGGGCACCGUGCACCACCCGGUGCCGCAGCAAAGCGUGGGGGCCGUGUAUUAAGACUGUUUUCUGCCCACAAUGACUCUGGGGAGCGGCGGUUGGCGGGCCGCGGUCCGGCCGGAAAGGGGAACGGCCCGUUCGGAUGAUCAAAACUGCUUCACGGCUGGGGUUUCAUUUUUCUCAAAGCAACUACGGGAUUUCUGAUCGCAUCUGGCGUGUUUUUUUUUAAAUUAUUUAUCGCUUCUGUUGUCUUUCUUUCACUUCUUUUGUAUACGAAUAUGCAACGUUUUUUUAAACAAGUAGCUAUAACCACAAACCGAAUAUUAGCAACUGUGCGGUUAAUCCAUGCUGCACUCAAAUAAACGCAUGCGGGUUUGUAGCUUGUCAAAAAAAAACAAACUCAGGUCAUAUUUAUAUGGAUUUGUACAAAAUGUCGAAGUCUGUAAAUAUGUGUUUAUAUGCAGAACCACUAUGAUGGUAUUUGUUUGUAAUGGAACGACUGCCCUGCGGGGCUUUUCAAACCCAUUGUUAUAUUCAUAUUGUAAGUAGUCCACUUGUUGCCUUCUUGUCAAUUGAAUAAAGUUGUUAUUUGAA